GGCGCCGGGCUGGCCGAGCUCGGCUGCUUCUGGGCUGCUCCGGCGCUGAGGCGGCAACCGGGAGGCAGGGAGCGAGCGAGCGGCUCGCCUGGCGCUCGCAACAUGGAGGAGCGGCCGGCCGCGGGCGUCGCCUGCGGACCCGACUGAGCCGGUGCCGACUCCGCGGGCAGCCGAGACGGCGCCGAGCCCCCAGGGCCAGGCAGCCUGCACGCUUCGGGGCGGACCCCGGCUGGCGGGGCUCCGGCGGCCGCGGGCUUCUGCACCGGGACGUGUCCCGCCGAGCCAUGGGCAACGAGGCGAGCUUGGAAGGGGAAGGGCUCCCCGAAGGGCUGGCGGCGGCCGCAGGCGGGGCUGGCGGCUCGGGGAGCGCCCUGCACCCCGGGAUCCCAGCCGGCAUGGAGGCGGACCUGAGCCAGCUGAGCGAGGAGGAGAGGAGACAGAUCGCUGCUGUCAUGUCAAGGGCGCAGGGGCUGCCCAAGGGAAGCGUCCCCGCGGCCGCUGCGGAGUCGCCUUCCAUGCACAGGAAACAAGAGUUGGAUAGCAGUCAGCCUCCCAAGCAACCAGGAAAGCCACCGGACCCUGGGCGUCCCACUCAGCCUGGACUCAGUAAAAGUAGAACUACAGAUACGUUCAGGUCGGAGCAGAAAUUGCCUGGAAGGAGUCCGUCCACUAUUAGCUUGAAAGAAUCCAAGUCUAGAACUGAUUUUAAGGAAGAAUACAAGUCUAGUAUAAUGCCUGGUUUCCUCUCAGAUGUUAACCCUCUAAGUGCUGUCUCCUCUGUGGUAAAUAAAUUCAACCCUUUUGAUUUGAUAUCAGACUCUGAAGCAUCCCAGGACGAAACUACACGGAAACAAAAAGUUGCUCAGAAGGACCAAGGAAAAUCAGAAGGAGUCACAAAACCUCCUUUACAGCAGCCGUCACCCAAAUCGGUUCCUAAACAGCAGGGGCCAGCGAAGGAAGUGAUACAGCAGGACAGCCCUCCCAAGUCAGCAUCCUCCCAACAACCAGAAAAAAUAAAAACACAACCCCCAAGCACAGGAAAGCCUUCCCAGGCAUCUUCCCAGCCUCCACCAACAGACCAGGCAAAGCUGCCUAUUCAAAGAGAUGCAUCCAGGCCUCAGACUAAACCUUCAGACACAGGAAAGCCUUCCCAGCAGAGUCCAGCCAAAACACCAGCUCAGCAAGCAAGUCCUGGGAAAUCUGGAGCCCAACAGCCUGGACCUGCAAAAGCAACAGUCCAGCAGCCAGGGCCAGCAAAGGCCCCAGCUCAACCAGCAGGGACAGGGAAGCCCCCAGCCCAACCUCCAGUGGCAUCCAAGCCUCCAGCACAGCAAGCUGGAGUCGAGAAGACUUCAUCUCAGCAGCCUGGGCCAAAGUCUCUCACUCAGACUCCUGGUCUUGGAAAGAUUCCACCAGGGCCAGUAAAGUCUGCAGCCCAGCAGCAAGGGACAGCGAAACUCCCAGCUCAACAGCCUGGCCCACAGCCUCCGGCUAAGGUACCUGGGCCUACAAAGACUCCAGCUCAGCAAUCUGGACCUGGAAAGAUACCAGCUCAACAGCCAGGCCCAGCCAAGCCUUCACCUCAGCAGCCCACUCCAGCAAAGCCUCAGCCUCAGCAACCAGCUCCCACAAAGCCUCCACAUCAACAGCCUACCCCAGCAAAGCCCCACCCUCAACAGCCCACUUCAGCAAAGCCCCAGCCUCAGCAGCCCGCUCCAGCAAAGCCCCAGCCUCAACAGCCCAGUCAAGCAAAGCCCCAGCCUCAACAGCCUGCUCCAGCGAAACCCCCAGCUCAACAGCCUAUGAAAGCGACAAGCCAAACAGUAACUGGAAGGCCUGUGCAGCCACCACCAACUUCUGCAGCAGAGAGUCCAGGACAAGGUCUCUCUAAAACCAUCUGCCCCCUUUGUAAGAGCACGGAACUUCUGUUGCAUACUCCAGACAAGGCCAAUUUUAACACAUGCACUGAGUGUCAAACCACCGUCUGUAGCCUCUGUGGUUUUAACCCCAACCCCCACUUGACUGAGAUCAAAGAGUGGCUCUGUUUAAACUGUCAGAUGCAGAGAGCUCUAGGAGGUGAACUGGCUUCAAUCCCGUCCUCACCGCAGCCCAGUCCGAAGGCUGCCCCUGCACCUCCUGCAGCAGCAGCCAGCAGACAGCCUGUACCAUCACAGCCGGCUUCCCCGAAGAAGGAACCUCCACCCAGACAGGACAGCCCCAAAGCACCUGUACCAUCCCAGCCGGCUUCCCCGAAGAAGGAACCUCCACCCAGACAGGACAGCCCCAAAGCGCCUGAGCAGAAGAAGCCGCCGCCCCUGGUGAAGCAGCCAACCCUUCAUGGACCUGCCCCAGCCACAGCCCCAAAGCCUCCAGUGGCAGAGGCCUUACCUGAGCCAGGCCCUCCCAAGGAGCCUUCCGCACCCCUACCUGAACAAGCCAAGGCCCCUGUUGUAGAUGUUAAACCAAAGCAGCCCAAGAUGGCAGAGCCACGCACAGAUGUUCAAUCUUCAGCAGCAGCAACAACAAAGCCUGAUAUGCUGAGUUCUCAGGCACAGUCACAGGCUCAAGCGCAAACAGCCCCUCCUUUGAAAACAGACUCUGCCAAACCCUCACAAAGCUUCCCACCUACAGGAGAAAAAAUCACCCCAUUUGAUUCUAAAGCCAUGCCUAGGCCUGCAUCAGACUCAAAAAUUAUUUCACAUCCUGGGCCCAGUUCCGAGAGCAAGGAUCCAAAACAUGUUGAUCCAACUCAGAAGAAGGAAGAGCCUAAGAAAGCACAAACGAAGAUGAGUCCUAAACCAGAUGCCAAGCCAGUGCCAAAAGGGUCACCAACACCCUCUGGCCCACGACCUCCCACUGGCCAAGCUGCACCCCCAUCUCAGCAGCCCCUAAAGCCUCAGGAGCAAUCAAGGCGUUUCAGUUUGAAUCUGGGUAGUAUCACCGAUGCCCCAAAAUCACAACCCACGACUCCUCAAGAAACUGUGACUGGGAAACUGUUUGGGUUUGGAGCAUCCAUCUUUAGCCAAGCAUCCAACUUAAUCUCCACAGCAGGCCAGUCCGGACCUCAUCCGCAGACUGGGCCAGUGGCCCCAACAAAACAAGCACCUACCCCAUCACAGACUCCUGCUGUUCAGGGACCACCCAAGUCCACAGGUCAGCUCCCACCAGCACCUGCCAAGGCAACUCCUGUGAAGGAAACGAAAGCCCCAGCAGCUGAGAGCUUAGAAUCGAAACCGGAGCAAGCUCCAGCAGUGAAGAGGAUAGAGAAAGACAAGAAGGCCCCACCCAGUAAGGUCAGCAAACCUCUACCUGCUGAGCCUGAAAAGGCUGUACUCACGCACAAGCCGGACAAGACCAAACCCGAGCCAACCUGUCCUCUUUGCAAAACAGAGCUCAACAUAGGCUCUCAGGACCCUCCCAACUUCAACACCUGCACAGAGUGCAAGAGUCAAGUGUGCAAUCUCUGUGGAUUUAACCCAACACCCCACUUGACUGAGAUUCAAGAAUGGCUUUGCUUAAAUUGCCAGACGCAGAGAGCAGUAUCAGGACAACUUGGAGAUAUGGGCAAAAUGCCACCUGUAUCAUCAGGAUCCAAGGCAUCCCCUGUGCCUGCCCCUGCGGAACCAUCAACUCAGAAAACACCCGCAGGGGCCCAUGUAAAAGGUAAAAAGAAGGAAACAGAAGUAAAAACUGAAACUGAAAAACUUAUUCCAGAAAAAGAAACACCAUCAAUUGAGAAAACCCCUCCAACGGCCACCACAGAUCAAAAACUAGAAGAGAGUAAACUAGACAAGGGCAAAGUUCCAACCCGGCAAGAGAAGAAACCACCCUCUGAAAAAGAGCAGCCGCCCAUAGAAGAUAAAACCGGAAAGAAGCCACCUGCAGAAGAAAAGUCCGCACCUGCAGAAGAAAAACCACCACUGGAAGGAAAGAAGCCAGCCCCCGAAGAAAAGAGAUUACCCCCAGAGGAAAAGCCAGUGGCCGCGGAGGGGGAAGAGAAACGCGACAUACUUGAAGCUCAUGUAGACAUUCCCGAAGAGCCCGCAGGAAGAGUGGCCGCAAAGACAGCGAAGAAAGAGGAGCAGCCGGAGGCCAGGACUGCAGAUCUGCCACUGGACGCUCCUCAGACUCUGCCCAAGGCAGGAGAGAAGGAAAGCCCAGCAGUGAAGCCCCCACAGGUGGAAGGCGGUGCCAAGUCUGACCAAGGGGAGCCCAGCAAAGAAAAAACAGAAAAGGAAGAGGACAAAUCAGACACCUCCAGUUCUCAGCAGCCCAAGAGUCCACAAGGUCUGAGUGACACAGGAUAUUCUUCUGAUGGGAUAUCGGGGUCUCUGGGUGAAAUUCCAAGUCUUAUACCAAGUGAUGAAAAAGAUUUGCUCAAAGGGCUCAAAAAGGACUCCUUCUCACAAGAAAGCAGUCCUUCCAGCCCCUCAGACUUAGCAAAAUUGGAAAGUACAGUACUAUCCAUUUUGGAAGCUCAGGCAAGUACACUGGAUGAAAAAUCAGAAAAGAAAGCACAGCCCCAGAGGGUUUCUCCCGAGCAGUCUCAGGACCAGCAAAAAACUCAGAUUCCAUCUGAAACAGUGGAUGUCACUAUUUCAGAAGACGUCAAAGAGAGCCAAGAAAAGAAAGAAAGUUCAAAAAGGGACAGCCAGCAAGGCUUUCCUUCCAGGAAGGACCAUAAAGAAAAGCCUGAGCUAGCUGAUGACCUAAGUCCAAGAAGAGCAUCCUAUGACUCAGUGGAAGAUAGCAGUGAGAGUGAAAACUCCCCCGUCGCACGUAGGAAGCGGAGGACUAGUGUUGGCUCAUCAAGCAGCGAUGAGUAUAAACAGGAAGACAGUCAAGGUUCGGGGGAAGAGGAGGACUUCAUUCGCAAACAGAUCAUAGAAAUGAGUGCUGAUGAGGAUGCUUCUGGCUCUGAAGAUGAUGAGUUCAUUCGGAGUCAGCUGAAAGAGAUCAGCGGUGUUACUGAAAGCCAGAAGAGGGAAGAAGCAAAAGGGAAAGGGAGAAGUACAGCAGGAAAACACAGGAGACUGACUCGCAAGAGCAGUGCCAGCUUCGAUGAUGACGCAGGGAGACGUCAUUCCUGGCAUGACGAGGACGACGAAACAUUUGAUGAAAGUCCUGAACUCAAAUUUCGAGAAACUAAAAGUCAGGAGAGUGAAGAAAUUGUAGUUGCUGGAGGAGGAGGGUUACGUCGAUUUAAGACGAUCGAACUCAACAGUACAAUAGCAGAUAAAUACUCUGCAGAAUCCUCUCAGAAGAAAACAACUUUGUAUUUUGAUGAGGAGCCGGAAUUAGAAAUGGAAAGCCUGACAGACUCACCUGAGGACAGAUCUAGAGGAGAGGGUUCCUCUAGUCUCCAUGCAUCCAGCUUCACUCCUGGCACAUCCCCUACAUCAGUAUCAUCACUCGAUGAGGACAGUGACAGUAGCCCAAGUCACAAAAAAGGAGAGAGCAAGCAGCAGCGCAAAGCUCGCCACAGAACACAUGGCCCUCUUUUACCUACCAUUGAAGAUUCUUCUGAGGAAGAAGAAUUGAGAGAGGAAGAAGAACUGUUAAAAGAGCAAGAGAAGCAGCGAGAAUUAGAACAGCAACAAAGGAAGAGUUCUAGUAAGAAAUCAAAGAAAGACAAAGAUGAACUUCGAGCUCAGAGAAGGAGAGAAAGACCAAAGACACCACCCAGUAAUCUCUCUCCCAUUGAGGAUGCAUCUCCCACAGAAGAACUGCGCCAGGCCGCAGAAAUGGAGGAGCUCCACAGGUCCUCUUGUUCUGAAUACUCACCUAGCAUAGAAUCAGACCCAGAGGGAUUUGAAAUAAGCCCUGAGAAAAUAAUAGAAGUUCAAAAAGUGUAUAAAUUGCCCACAGCUGUGUCUGUGUACUCGCCAACAGAUGAGCAAUCCACUGUGCAGAAGGAAGAUGUCCAGAAGGGUCUGAAAAGUGCUGAGGAGAUGUAUGAAGAAAUGAUGCACAAAACCCACAAAUAUAAAGCUUUCCCAGCUGCAAAUGAACGAGAUGAAGUCUUUGAAAAAGAGCCAUUGUAUGGUGGCAUGUUAAUAGAGGACUACAUUUAUGAAUCUUUAGUAGAGGACACAUACAAUGGAUCAGUAGAUGGCAGUCUGCUCACAAGGCAAGAAGAACAGAAUGGAUUUACACAGCAGAGAGGAAGAGAGCACAAAAUAAGACUCCCAGAGCAUAUUUAUGACGACCCUAUGCAGAAAAUCACAGACCUCCAAAAAGAGUUUUAUGAGUUAGAAAGCUUACAUUCUGUGGUGCCUCAAGAAGACAUAGUUUCAAGCUCUUACAUCAUUCCAGAAAGCCACGAGAUAGUGGAUCUGGGAACCAUGGUAACUUCUACCAGUGAAGAAAAGAAAUUAUUAGAUGCUGACACUGCCUAUGAAGAACUCAUGAGGCGGCAACAGAUGCAGAUGACAGAUGGAUCCAGCCCCACACAGACCACCAUUGGGGAUGACAUGGCCGAGUCCACUAUGGACUUUGACAGGGUGCAAGAUGCAUCUUUGACAUCCAGUAUCCUUUCUGGAGCAUCUCUGACAGACUCUACCAGCAGUGCAACUCUCUCUAUCCCAGAUGUUAAGAUAACCCAACAUUUUUCAACAGAAGAACUGGAGGAUGAAUAUGUAACUGAUUAUACAAGAGAAAUUCAAGAGAUCAUUGCCCACGAAUCACUGAUAUUGACCUACUCCGAGCCUUCGGAAAGUGCUGCAUCUGUCCCACCCUCUGACACACCUUCGCUCACAUCAUCUAUUUCUUCAGUCUGCACCACAGAUAGCUCCUCACCUGUUACUACCCUGGAUAGCCUAACCACUGCUUACACAGAGCCAGCAGACGUAAUAACGAAAUUUGAAGACUCUGAGGAAAUUUCUUCAUCAACUUAUUUUCAGGGCAGCAUCAUAGACUACCCAGAAGACAUAAGUGUGUCUUUAGAUCGGACCAUCCCACCCGAAAGUAGAGCUAGUACAGAUCAUAUUAUGAUUUCCUUCUCUAGUAUAACACCAUCGGUCACAGAAUCUCUAAGUCCUAAAGCCGACAGGCCACAAGCAGACGCCGUGUCCACUGACUUAUCUCUGUCUGAAAAGGAUCCAAUAAAAGGCAAGAAGGAAACUGGGGAUGGAAUUAUUCUAGAAGUUUUGGAUGCUUACAAAGAUAAAAGGGAAGAGUCUGAGGUUGAACUAACAAAAAUAAGCUUACCUGAAACUGACUUGGCCCAAACACCUUCUGUAACAGCCCCUCAAAUGAAGGAACAAGCUGUAUCUCCAUAUUCUGUAUCUGGAAAGCUCUCUGGUCAGGAAAAGCCCACAUAUAGGUUACCAUCAGCUGGUCUUCCCAUUUCUACCCAUCCAUCUAAGUCUCGUCCGUUAUUCCGAAGUUCUUCUUUGGACGUAUCAGCCCAGCCACCUCCUCCUCCUCCCCCACCACCUCCUCCCCCUCCCCCACCACCUCCUCCCCCUCCUCCACCAUUGCCCCCAGCAACUUCACCUAAGCCAUCCACUUAUCCUAAAAAGAAGCUGGCAGUGGCCCCUCCAGUGACUCCAACGACGAUUGUAGUGGCCACAACGUCUCAGAGGAGUAACGGGGUACCUGUAACCAAAAUCUGUACCGCUGCACCUCCUCCUGUCCCUCCUAAGCCCUCUUCAAUCCCAACUGGACUUGUGUUUACACACAGGCCAGAGCCAAGCAAACCCCCGAUUGCCCCUAAGCCAGCAGCUCCUCAGCUUCCGGUGACUACACAGAAAACAUCAGAUAUAUGCCCCAAACCAACAGGUCUAUCUUUGACUUCAAGUAUGUCCUUAAAUUUAGUGACUUCCGCAGAUUACAAACUGCCUUCCCCUACCUCUCCACUCUCCCCACACUCUAAUAAAUCCUCACCAAGAUAUUCUAAGUCUCUAAUGGAGACUUACGUGGUUAUUACAUUGCCCUCUGAACCUGGGACUCCAACAGAUUCUUCUGCUGCUCAAGCCAUUACCAGUUGGCCCUUGGGAUCACCCCCAAAAGAUCUGGUUUCCCUUGAAACGGUGUUUUCUGUAGUUCCUCCUGUGACAGCUACAGAAAUUCCAACUUCUUCACAGCCAUCCCUGUAUGCACCAGGAGCUUUGGAGACAUAUUCUGCUGCCCCUGUUGUAACUCCAUCUCUAUUUCAAGGAGCUCCAACUUCACUUACACAGUUUCUUUCAACAGAAGCUUCAAAAAUGGAGGUUUCUGCAACCAGAAGUGCAGUCCCAAGUGUGGCUCCCAGAAGCGUUUCCAUACCCAUUCCUCCAGAGCCUCUUGCUCUGGACAGACAUCAGUACAGGGAAAAUGGAAAGUUGCAGCUUAUUGGUGAUGCCAUUGAUUUGCGUACAAUACCAAAAACAGAAGCUAAAGCAACUGAAAAAUGUAUGGAUCUUUCUGCUUCUGCAAUGGAUGGGAAAAGGCAGACCACAGCAAGUGAAGUUUACGGGCGACAAAUUAGUGCCAUCCAACCUUCCAUCAUAAAUCUCAGUGCAUCUCCCUCAUUGGUAACUCCAGUCACCCUAGACUCUGAGACAGUGGCUGUUGUCACAUGCACAGAUACUACAGUUUACACAACAGGCACAGGAAGCCAAGUGAGUGCAGAGCAUGUGAUGACGUCACCACUCCAGCUUACUAUGUCAAAACAUACUGAGUCACCAUACAGGAUACCAAGUGGCCAGGCAUUUCCUGUGAUCAGAGAUGAAGCGCCAAUAAACUUAUCCCUAGGUCCUUCAGCUCAGGCAGUGACUGCUACAAAGCCUGUCACUGUACCUCCUGUGGGUGUCACAAACGGCUGGGCUGACAGCACUACAUCUCGGGGGAUCACGGAUGGGGAAGUGGUGGAUCUCAGCACAUCCAAGUCUCAUAGGACUGUUGUUACAAUGGACGAAUCUACUUCAAGUGUGGUGACCAAAAUCGUAGAAGAUGAUGAAAAACCCGUGGAUUUGACUGCAGGGAGAAGAGCUGUGUGCUGUGACAUGGUUUAUAAGCUGCCUUUUGGAAGGAGCUGCACAGCACAGCAGCCUGCAACAACCCUUCCUGAAGACCGUUUCGGUUAUAGGGAUGACCACUACCAAUAUGAUAGAUCAGGUUAUGGUUACAGAGGGAUUGGUGGAAUGAAGCCUUCCAUGUCUGAUACUAAUUUAGCAGAAGCUGGACAUUUUUUCUAUAAAAGUAAAAAUGCUUUUGAUUAUUCUGGAGGAGCUGAUGCAGCAGUAGAUCUAACUUCAGGGAGAGUAUCUACAGGUGAGGUAAUGGAUUAUUCAAGCAAGACUACAGGUCCCUACCCAGAAACACGCCAAGUCAUUUCAGGAGUUGGGAUUAGUACCCCACAGUAUUCCACAGCAAGAAUGACUCCACCUCCAGGACCCCAAUAUGGUGUGGGAAGUGUUUUGAGGUCAUCUAAUGGUGUUGUCUAUUCUUCAGUAGCAACUCCAAUCCCCUCCACAUUUGCUAUCACCACUCAACCUGGCUCCAUUUUCAGCACCACGGUGAGGGAUUUAUCUGGUAUUCACACAACAGAUGCACUGACUUCAUUAUCAGCCCUGCAUCAAAGCCAGCCAAUGCCUCGAUCAUAUUUCAUAACAACAGGUGCAUCAGAAACAGACAUCGCAGUAACCAGUAUUGACAUCAAUGCCAGUCUGCAAACUAUUACUAUGGAAACUCUUCCUGCUGCGACGAUGGACUCAGCUCCUGCUUUAACCACAGCAUCGGAAGUAUUUUCUGAGGUGGGAGGAGAGGAAAGCACUCUUUUAAUUGUCUCUGAUGAAGAUAAACAACAACAGCAACUUGACUUGGAGCGAGAGCUCCUGGAACUGGAGAAAAUUAAGCAACAACGCUUUGCUGAGGAACUGGAGUGGGAACGUCAGGAGAUUCAGAGGUUCCGAGAACAAGAAAAGAUCAUGGUUCAAAAGAAGCUGGAGGAGCUGCAGUCUAUGAAACAGCACCUCCUAUUUCAGCAAGAAGAAGAGCGGCAGGCCCAGUUCAUGAUGAGGCAGGAGACCCUAGCUCAGCAGCAGUUACAGCUUGAGCAGAUCCAGCAGCUGCAACAACAGCUGCACCAGCAGCUGGAGGAGCAAAAACUUCGCCAGAUCUACCAGUAUAACUAUGACCCCUCUGGAAAUGCUUCUCCACAAACCACCACUGAACAGGCAAUUUUGGAGGGUCAAUAUGCUGCUCCAGAGGGCAGUCAGUUUUGGGCCACUGAAGAUGCCACCACUACCGCUUCUACUGUGGUGGCCAUUGAAAUACCACAGAGCCAAGGAUGGUACACUGUUCAGUCUGAUGGGGUGACUCAGUACAUUGCCCCACCUGGCAUCUUGAGCACUGUUUCAGAGAUACCUCUGGCAGAUGUUGUUGUAAAAGAGGAGAAACAACCCAAAAAGAGAAGUUCUGGAGCUAAAGUUCGGGGGCAGUAUGAUGAGAUGGGGGAAAGCAUGGCAGACGACCCACGGAAUUUAAAAAAGAUAGUGGACAGUGGUGUACAAACCGAUGAUGAAGAAACCGCUGAUCGGAGUUACUCAAGUAGGAGGCGAAGAACUAAAAAGAGCGUUGAUACCAGUGUCCAAACAGAUGAUGAAGAUCAGGAUGAAUGGGAUGUGCCUUCCAGGUCAAGGAGAAAAGCACGUCCGGGGAAAUAUGGAGACAGCACCACUGAGGGUGACAAGACCAAGCCCACGUCCAAAGUCUCCAGUGUAGCAGUUCAGACAGUUGCAGAGAUAUCUGUGCAAACUGAACCGGUGGGAACCAUACGGACACCUUCCAUACGAGCACGAGUGGAUGCCAAGGUAGAAAUAAUUAAACACAUUUCAGCACCUGAAAAGACUUAUAAAGGGGGCAGUUUAGGAUGUCAAACAGAAACAGAUUCAGACACACAGAGCCCUCCAUACCUGGGUGCCACCUCUCCACCCAAAGACAAGAAACGCCCGACACCUUUAGAGAUUGGUUAUUCAUCAUCUCACCUUCGGGCAGACACCACAGUGCAGCUGGCUCCUUCCCCACCCAAAUCUCCAAAAGUCCUUUAUUCACCCAUCUCACCACUUUCACCAGGCAAAGCUUUAGAAUCAGCCUUUGUACCUUAUGAAAAGCCCCUCCCUGAUGACCUAAGUCCACAGAAAGUACUACAUCCAGAUAUGGCUAACGUUCCCCCAGCAAGUCCUAAGACAGCCAAGGUGAUGCAGCGUUCUAUGUCCGACCCCAAGCCUCUGAGUCCAACAGCAGACGAGAGUUCCAGGGCUCCUUUUCAGUGUCCCGAGGGCUUCACGACUAAAGGUUCCCAAACCACAACCGCUUCUGGGUCCCAGAAAAAAGUGAAGAGAACACUGCCAAAUCCCCCUCCUGAGGAGGCAUCCACCGGAACACAGCCGACCUACAGCACAAUGGGCACUGCAUCCAGGAGAAGAAUAUGCAGAACCAAUACCAUGGCUAGAGCCAAGAUUCUCCAGGACAUAGACCGAGAGCUUGACCUCGUGGAAAGGGAGUCUGCCAAGCUUAGAAAGAAGCAAGCAGAACUUGAUGAAGAAGAAAAGGAGAUCGAUGCCAAGCUGCGGUAUCUGGAAAUGGGAAUCAACAGGAGAAAAGAAGCAUUACUGAAGGAGAGAGAAAAGAGAGAGCGUGCUUACCUGCAGGGGGUAGCGGAGGACCGCGAUUAUAUGUCAGACAGUGAGGUCAGCAGCACCAGACCAAGCCGAAUAGAAAGUCAGCAUGGCAUUGAGCGACCAAGGACAGCUCCUCAAACUGAAUUCAGCCAGUUCAUACCACCACAAACGCAAACCGAAGCUCAGCUGGUUCCUCCAACCAGUCCUUACACACAAUACCAGUACUCAUCGCCUGCUCUUCCCACCCAAGCACCCACCCCGUAUACUCAACAAUCUCAUUUCCAACAGCAGACAUUGUACCAUCAGCAAGUCUCACCUUACCAGACUCAACCAACCUUCCAAGCGGUGGCAACCAUGUCCUUCACACCUCAAGCUCAACCUACUCCGAGUCCACAAACAUCGUACCAACUACCAUCACAGAUGAUGGUGAUACAACAGAAGCCUCGGCAAACAACACUGUAUUUGGAACCUAAGAUAACUUCCAACUAUGAAGUGAUUCGCAACCAACCCCUGAUGAUCGCUCCUGUUUCUUCUGAUAAUACGUAUGCUGUCUCCCAUCUUGGGAGCAAGUACAAUAGUUUGGAUUUGAGAAUAGGUUUGGAGGAAAGAAGCAGCAUGGUGAGCAGUCCAAUAUCAAGCAUAUCUGCAGACUCUUUCUAUGCAGACAUCGACCACCACACUUCAAGGAAUUAUGUCCUAAUAGAUGACAUUGGAGAGAUCACCAAAGGGACAGCAGCACUGAGCACAGCAUUUAGUCUUCAUGAAAAAGAUCUAUCCAAAACAGACCGUCUCCUUAGAACCACUGAGACACGGCGGUCUCAGGAAGUAACAGAUUUCCUGGCACCUUUGCAGACUUCCUCAAGACUGCAUAGCUAUGUGAAAGCGGAGGAGGACCCGAUGGAGGACCCGUAUGAGUUAAAGCUUCUGAAACAGCAGAUUAAGCAAGAAUUCCGUAGAGGGACGGAGAGCCUAGAUCACCUUGCUGGUCUUUCACAUUAUUACCAUGCUGAUACUGGCUAUAGACACUUUCCCAAGUCUGAGAAGUAUAGCAUCAGUAGACUCACCCUUGAAAAGCAAGCAGCCAAACAAUUACCAGCAGCCAUACUUUACCAAAAGCAAUCGAAGCACAAGAAAUCAUUAAUUGACCCUAAAAUGUCAAAGUUUUCACCUAUUCAAGAAAGUAGAGAUCUUGAACCUGAUUAUCCAAGUUAUAUGACUUCCAGCACUUCAUCUAUUGGUGGCAUUUCUUCUAGGGCAAGGCUUCUUCAAGAUGAUAUAACAUUUGGCCUCAGAAAAAAUAUUACAGAUCAACAAAAAUUUAUGGGCUCAUCACUUGGGUCAGGAUUAGGCACAUUAGGAAAUACCAUCAGGUCAGCACUCCAGGAUGAAGCAGAUAAGCCAUACAGUAGUGGGAGCAGGUCCAGACCUUCCUCUAGACCUUCCUCUGUCUAUGGGCUUGAUUUAUCCAUUAAGAGGGAAUCUUCCAGCUCAUCGCUAAGACUGAAAGCUCAAGAGGCUGAAGCUCUUGAUGUCUCCUUUGGCCAUUCAUCAUCUUCUUCCAGAACUAAGCCCACCAGCUUACCAAUCAGCCAAAGUAGAGGAAGAAUACCAAUUGUGGCCCAAAAUUCAGAAGAAGAAAGUCCACUCAGUCCUGUUGGCCAACCAAUGGGAAUGGCCAGGGCUGCAGCUGGACCUUUGCCCCCCAUAUCUGCAGACACAAGGGAUCAGUUUGGAUCAAGUCACUCAUUGCCCGAAGUUCAGCAACACAUGAGAGAAGAGUCACGGACACGGGGGUAUGACCGUGACAUAGCAUUCAUCAUGGAUGACUUCCAACAUGCUAUGUCUGACAGUGAAGUUGCGGUUGCAAUGUAUGAUGUUUCCUUGGUCUCCAAAGCCUAUCACUUACGUCGGGAGGAAACGGAUUGGUUUGAUAAACCCAGGGAGUCUCGGUUGGAAAAUGGCCAUGGUCUGGACCGGAAACUGCCAGAAAGAUUGGUUCACUCUAGACCCCUCAGUCAACAUCAAGAGCAAAUUCUGCAGAUGAAUGGCAAGACAAUGCACUACAUCUUUCCUCAUGCAAGGAUAAAAAUAACCAGAGACUCUAAGGACCACACAGUUUCAGGUAACGGGCUAGGAAUUAGAAUUGUUGGUGGUAAAGAAAUCCCUGGACAUAGUGGAGAAAUUGGAGCCUAUAUUGCUAAGAUUCUUCCUGGUGGAAGUGCGGAACACACAGGGAAACUUGUAGAAGGGAUGCAAGUGUUGGAAUGGAAUGGGAUCCCCUUAACUUCUAAAACAUAUGAAGAAGUUCAGAGCAUCAUUAACCAGCAAAGUGGGGAAGCAGAAAUAUGUGUAAGACUGGACCUCAAUAUGUUGUCAGAUUCUGAAAAUCCCCAGCACCUGGAACUUCAUGAGCCACCGAAAGCUGUGGACAAGGCAAAAUCCCCAGGGGUGGAUCCCAAGCAGUUGGCGGCUGAGCUGCAGAAGGUCUCACUCCAGCAGUCUCCACUGGUCAUGUCGUCAGUCGUGGAGAAAGGAUCUCAUGCUCACUCAGGUCCCACAUCAGCAGGAUCCAGUUCUGUUCCCAGCCCUGGGCAGCCAGGAUCACCCUCCGUGAGCAAAAAGAAGCAUGGCAGCAGCAAGCCAACUGAUGCAACAAAGGUUGCCUCUCAUCCAAUUACAGGAGAAAUUCAGCUUCAAAUCAACUAUGAUCUUGGAAAUCUUAUAAUACAUAUUCUUCAAGCAAGAAAUCUUGUCCCUAGAGACAACAAUGGCUACUCUGACCCUUUUGUUAAGGUGUACCUACUUCCGGGGCGAGGUCAAGUCAUGGUUGUCCAGAAUGCAAGUGCUGAGCACAAGAGAAGAACUAAAUAUAUCCAGAAAAGUCUUAAUCCUGAAUGGAAUCAGACAGUAAUUUAUAAAAGUAUUUCCAUGGAGCAGCUCAUGAAGAAGACAUUGGAGGUGACAGUUUGGGAUUAUGAUAGAUUCUCUUCCAACGACUUCCUUGGGGAGGUAUUGAUUGAUCUAUCUAGCACAUCUUACCUGGACAACACUCCUCGGUGGUACCCGCUGAAAGAACAGACCGAGAGCAUUGACCAUGGCAAGUCUCACUCCAGUCAAAACAGCCAGCAGUCCCCAAAGCCCUCUGUCAUCAAAAGCAGAAGCCAUGGCAUCUUCCCUGACCCAUCCAAGGACAUGCAAGUUCCCACCAUUGAGAAAUCCCACAGUAGUCCUGGUAGCUCAAAAUCAUCAUCAGAAGGCCAUCUCCGAUCUCAUGGACCAUCACGCAGUCAAAGCAAAACCAGUGUCACUCAAACCCACCUGGAAGAUGCAGGGGCUGCCAUAGCUGCGGCCGAAGCCGCCGUGCAACAACUCCGCAUUCAACCAACAGCACAUAAAAGCGGUCAGUGUAAUCAUGCCAGGAAGCAGCACAGACACAGCAUAGCAGGCGUCCUCCCCAUGCAAAGAACUCAGUCUGAUACUCUGCCUCCACCAGCCAAUGGCAACCAAGACCAAAGCCAGCUAGCCCUCAGGAAGGUGAUGUCCGAUGGACCAGUCAAACCAGAAGGAGCAAAGCCCGCCAAUCACCGGCCUGCAGAGAGCUCCGUGUCCACCGGCUCCUCGGGCAGCAGCGUUGGCAGUGGGUAUAGCGUGGACAGUGAAGGAAGCGGCAGCGUGGCAGGGGAGACUAAUCUACUUCCCAUUCCAAGGAUAGGGAAGAUGGGGCAGAAUGGACAAGAUGUUGUGAAACAGCCAGGAAUGGGAGCAACAGACACAGAAGCAAAAACUCAAGUAAUGGGAGAAAUCAAGCUAGCACUGAAAAAGGAAAUGAAAACAGAUGGUGAACAAGUAAUAGUUGAAAUUCUCCAGUGCAGAAAUAUCACCUACAAAUUUAAGUCUCCGGAUCAUUUACCAGAUUUAUAUGUGAAAGUAUAUGUGAUAAACAUCUCUACUCAAAAAAAGGUUAUCAAGAAGAAAACAAGGGUAUGCAGACAUGAUCGAGAGCCUUCCUUCAAUGAAACUUUUAGAUUCAGCCUUAGUCCUGCAGGCCAUUCUCUUCAGAUUUUACUUUUCUCCAAUGGAGGGAAGUUUAUGAAGAAGACUUUGAUUGGAGAAGCCUGUAUCUGGCUUGACAAAGUAGACCUGAGAAAAAGACUAGUCAACUGGCACAAACUUUUGGUCAGUCCUACUCAAACACAUUGAAGAUGUGUCUGCUCAGGGUUACAGAGCCUCAGAUCGAGACUGUAGCUGAACAGUCCUGUGCUGAGCUACAUUUUCAGGAGCCAACAUGGGAUAAGAAACAAGAAGCAAAGAGACCACAUUGGUGUGGAAUACAAAAUGACUCAAAAAAGUUCAUGUAUUGAAAGCAAACCGAUGAAAAUUGGCCCGAGACACUGGAUUUCUCAAAACUGUGAAGAGAAACUGUGAAAGGAGAUUUGACUUUUUAAGGUAGAAGUCUUGGAGCAGGCUGCGUGAGAGCAGAUGGAAAAGGCACAAAGAUUUUUAUGGUGGUCGCGGCAGAGUGGAAGCAGUUGUUUAUACACAUAGAAACUUUGUUGGAAAGGACAGGUAGAGUGAAUCUUGGUUUGAAAAGCUCAAAACUCCUUGUCUUAUAUUCUCGUAAAACUUUCUGCUUUGGGAUUCUGACAUAAGAUUCAUCCAUGAGUUUUCUACAGGACCAGAAGGUGACUGUGUUUGUGAGGAAAAGUAAGCAAGAUUUAUGAACAAUGGAUUUUAGAUUGAACUGUGCAUGUUUUCCCUGUGUCUACAUUAGAAAGCUAUACAGCAGUAGGUCUGAAUUCUAUGUGGUAAAAGCACAUCUGUUUUGGGGUAAGUGGAAACAGUGAAGAGUGAAGAUAAUAGUAGGUUAAAAUUCAAUUGUAUUUAUCUAGAAAUAAAACAAAACCUAGUGACUGGUUAUUAAAGAAGAAUGCUGACCCACAAAAUAUGUACCUAGGUUGGAAACAUUAAAAUCUCUAUAAUGCACCAUGAAGUCAAGGCAUCCUCAACCGUAUGCAUCAAGGCAUCUAGAUUAAUUGGUGUGUCCUAUGAAGAGGGUUGUUUAUUCAUUGAAGAAUUGCCAUGACGUGCAUCAUUUUACAUAUUUCCUUUCUCUUGGAUAGUGGAUUGUCAGAGACAUGACAUUAUUGUUCUAGCAAACAAACCAUAUUUAUCUUAUGACACUGAUUAAACUGUUGUCACUUUCUGAUUUUCUGUGGUUUUUCUCUAAACUCAGUGAUAAUGAACACCCUGACCUCAACCUCAAGUCUUUACUCCUCCUCAGCUUUCUUGUUGGUGAUAAUAUCAUCGUUAGAAAGCUAAUGUUGGGAGAGGGUUGGAAAAGUCAAUGUUUGAAAUUAAAAUAUAUUUGAUCUAUGUUAAUAAUAUAGACCCAAACAACCAAUGUGUGAAUCAUUAAAAUAAAGCAUUCUCUCCUUGUUAAUCACCAGUGUCAAUAAAGAAAGCAACACAGAAUUGUGGGAAAUGCAUUCAGUGGGCUCUGAAGUCCUGGCUUCUGGUCCUGAUUUUGCUAUUGACCUUGCACUCAUAUCACCACAAAAAUGCAGAUUAAAUUCACUUUGCCCCUAAAAUGGUGUUUUCUUAUCCUUCUUCACAGGAUACCAGGAUGCUUAAGUAAAGAAAUCUAUGAAAUAAGAAAGCACAUUUCCAAAUAUUGCUUUAUAUACAAACUGAGAGAUAAUUAUUGCGUAGCUUUUUAGUUCUCAAAUUUUAUAUCUGAGAAACAACUUCUAACCAAUGAUAAGCAUCAGCAUGGAUAAAAACAGUAAAUUGUUCCCAAACUAAUUUUUAUUAAAAUAUAAACUUCCAUUUAACCUGAAAAAGAUAGAACAUUAAAUGUAAGUUAUUUGUCAUACAAAGUUUACUGAAGUCCAUGGCUCUUACUCCAUUGCCGAACUCUACCCAAAAUAAACGAAAUUGCUUUGCAGAGUAUUUGAGUCUAAAAAUUGUUACUUUAUUUAAUGUGAGGUUUAAGUGGGAUUACAGGAAAUCAUCUCAAAAAUAUUGGUUGGAUAUUGAAUUUUCUCAUUUUUAGGAAAAAAACAUUACAUUUGAAAGUAAUGUAAAACCCUAGAAGUAAAAAAUUCUCGUAUAUGCCAGAUUGUAUAACUAACACUCAUUUUAAAAAAUACAAGUUCUCUUUUCUUUGUCCUAAAAUACCAACUCUCCCUUCCUCUGUUCUCUUCUCCCCUCAAUGCAGUACCAUUUAUGACUGAUAGUCUUUUAAAGUGAACAUGGAGAUGGGAAUUUUCAAACAUAGGACACUGCUAACAUUUUAUUUUUAGAGACUGCUACAUCUGUGGUGGUUGCCAUGGAUAUUUCCAGCAGAUACUCCACUUGAGGAAGCCUAUAAUCAGUCACAACUCGGGAGGAAAGGGGUCUAAGAGGAUUUUGAGACAUCAAAGGAUCUGCCAUUUGCUGUUCACAGGCGACUCUGGUUCAUCUCCUACCUGGGCCUACAGUCGCUGCUACUCCAAGGGUUCGUGAAAGGCUAUGUAGCCAGGUAGCUUCCUCCAUUCUAGUUACAACUACACGGUCAGAGGGACCAGCAGAGCAAGGUCAUCAGGCGUAGCUAUUAAGCCUGAAAUAAUGGGAGUCUUUCUGAUGCAGCCACCCCUCAGUUCCAAGGAACUAGCAAUAGAGCUAGACCAAUCAGAUCAGUCGAGAGGGUCAAGGACAGAGCUUCUUCUCAUGCACCAGCAUUCCCCUUGCAAAAGAAAAAGAACCUGCGGUGCGCCAGGUUCAUAGCUGACCAAGCUACUAGGUUGCUACAGGAAUUGCUCUAUGCAACACCAAUUCUUAAAUGAAUGCACUCCUGAGGGACACCGAUUGCCCUUCUCACAGCGAAACUAUUUCUUUUUUAAUUGCAAAUAGGGCUCUUAGUGUUUUUUUACUUUUUUGUAAAUAACACAUGAUUUUCCAUUUUUUUAUUUUAUGUUAUGUUAUUGGAAUUAGCUUUUCUAUCUUAAUAGUAACAAAGUUUAUAAUCUCCAAUCACUAGGUUAUUAAUCUUCGCGCAGCACCUCGAGAAGCAUUUUGUUUUCCUUUCUAGUCCAUUGAGUCGUCAAAAAUGGAAGUUGCUUGUUGGUUUAAAAAUUAGUAGUAAGGAAUCUUUCAUCUGGAGAAGAAAAAGCACAGAGUGAAUUUUUAUGAAAGACGGAGAAUCGUAGAAUCAUUGUUACAGAUGCAGAUAACACUAGUAGCAAGAAGUUGGUGUUUUUCUCUGAUUUUACUUAAUAUCAAGAAAAAUUGUGGUGACUCUGAACUCAUCUGAUUACCAUAUCUGUUUAAAAGAAUGAUAUUCAACAUUAAAAGGUAAUUGCCCUUGACCCUUAAUAUUGUCCAUAUUUUAGUAAUUCAUGAUAGUUAACUAUACAUUGUGUGCAUAUCUAGGAGGUUGAUUUGGGGAAUCACAACACUCGAAUGAUUGUACCCUGGGAAUAUUAUAGCUGGUAACCAGCUGACACUGAUUCUCAUUGUAGAGUGGCUGUUUGGUGUUGGUGAUAGUCGUAGAGACAAUAGUGGUGGCAGUGAUGUCCAGUAAAAUAGAUUAUUUAUUACUAUAUUGUGCCCAAUUUGUUAGAAAUGAUUUAAUCAAUGCUUCAUUUCAUUAAAAUACCAUAAAGAUGUUUAUAGUAUUUUUUUACUUUAUUAUUUAAAUCAUAACUAACAAUAUUUUUAAAAACUUAUUUUAACUGCUAUAAUGUCAAAUAGUCCAAAAUUAGCCAACUACAGCUACAUGUGUUUAUAAAUAUAUGUAUGACAGAAGAGACUUUCCCUCCCUUUGAGUUUGAAAUGAAAGUGAAAGCUCGAUAAAUAAUCGGGAGCUUUUCCCUUAAUAGUUAUUUGCCUUUAGUAUAACACAAGAAUGAAUGAGUGAAACUUACAUUCUCAUUGAAUAUGACAUAUUGAUGUUUUCUGUAUGUCUCAUGUGGCUAUUAUUAAAGGUAUACAUUAAACAGAAAGCAUUAAUCAAGUUCUUUAUCUGCUAGGUAGACUGAGAGCAUUUUCUGAAUCCAUUCCCCUGUAUAUAACUCAACGUUCGGUAACCCAGCAGCUGUUGAACUAACUUCAUCCUUUGGAAGUCAGCAUGUGACUGAUUCUCAUUCGACUGUGUCUGUGUCUAUGUUCAGUGAUGUGCUCAGGUGCUCCCAUACUGAUUAAUGUGUGUGCUAAUAUCUUAACAACACAUCUGUUUAAAAAAGGUGUUUCUUGUCUAAGAAAAGUUUAAAACCUAAUAAAAUUUAUUUCCAAUAACACAUGAAGUACUUGGAGAUGUGUCUCGUUUCUCUGACCAUAUCUUGCAUGCUUUCUUGGUGAUUUGCUAAUCUUUUUAUUAUUUUUUUGUUUACUUAACACUCUGAAAAAUUUAAUGAACAAAUGCAAAUUCUUGGGUUAUUGAUUGUGUAAACUGACCUGAAAAUAUGAGAAUUGUGUAGAACAAAUGCUUGUAAAUUUGUCUUGUGUUCUACUCUCUGUAAAAACAUGUCUUGGUUUUGUGACUAUACACAAGUUGUAUCUUGGUAACUUAUGAAAACUGUGCUGUAUAAAGGCUGUUAUAUCAGCCUUACUAAUAAAUAUUGAAAAUAUCAA